UGUAUUCUUAAAUAGUGAUGUAUCAAGGUAUUUUGAGAACGAUUUACAUGAAGACUAAACACAUAUGGCGUCUUUUGAUGUUGUUGUUCGUGCUGACUGCUCUGUUUGUAGUCGAGUCAAUUCUUUUUCUUCCUAUUCUUCAAUGGAAUACGAAUGGUCAGUCAAGUCUGCCGACAAGAAGCCGACAGGAACGGGAAUCCAAGAUCAAGCAUGCAAUGUUCCGCCAUCAGCUCAUUCAAGAAAAGCGAAACCGUACGAAAUACAUCCGAGUUGAUUCCACAAGCCUCCAUCUGCCAAAACAUUUGUUACCUCUCAAAAAAUCUUCUAAUACCUGGUUUUCUAAUAAUGCCUCCCAGAUGUUGCACUGUGAGGAUAUUCUGGAGAUAAGUCUGGUGAAACGAAUCGGAAAAGGUACCACCAAAGAGGUGUGGAAGGCGACUUAUCAGCAGAAAGAAGUCGCUGUAAAGUUAGUGUCUAAGUCCGUUGAUGACAUAAGGACGUGUAUGAAAAGAGUACAAGCUGAUGAGGAGGAGCGACGAAGGUGCUAUACAUAUGCUAAUUACAAACUGAUGAAAGAAAUAUCACUGCUACUGGAUUUACAACAUUCAAACUGUCUCUUAUACACAUCUAUGUUUCAUAUUUAUAUCUUGCAUAUAACUAUCAAUUUUUCUGUACAUUUCAAAUUUUCCUCGAGUUUGCACAAAGUUAUUUUGAAUUUGAAUUUUGAAUUUGAAAAAAUGGCCCCUGAAUGA